AUGAGGUUCACGGUUACCUCGGUCUCGUCCCUCGCUCGGCUCGGGCUUCCUUUGCUCGCGCAACUUCCGCUCGAGGUCGUCGACCACAUCGUCCAACUCGCCCUCGAGGGGCCCGCCUUUGGCCGCCCCAAGCGCGAGCGCGACCUCGCCAUGAUCCUGUGCCGCACCUCGCGCGCCUUCCUCCCGAUCGGCCGCCGCCUCCUGUACCGCCUGCCGUUCGCCGGCUUCUCCCACAUCUCCAAGACCAACUGGAACCGGGCCAUCGCGCUGUACACGGCCCUGUCUCGCAACGGCGGCGCCCUCGGUCGCAUGGUUCGCGGCAUGUACUACCUCGACGUGUGGUGCGAGCGCCUCGCCGCGCUCCCUGUGCCCGACGGCCCGCACGCGUUCGACUUGCGCGGCCAGUCUAACAAGGCGUUCGCGUGGCAGGCGAGCAUGGUCGCCGCGUGCCCGGCGCUGCGCUUCGUGUCGGUCAAGGUCCACUCGACGAGCGAGGCGACUGCUCUCCACCGAGCGCUGCGUCUGUCGACGACGUCGCUCGAGGGCAUCAAGAUGCAGAGCAGCUCGCCCGCCGAGGUCGAGCUCGCGCUCCGCCUGCUCGCCAACCUGUACAGUGCCGGCGCCCGCCUCAAGAUAAUUGACCUGUCGUACCUUGGCUCCGCCAUGACGCACACGGUGCCUGGGGAGUGCAACCCGCAGCUCAAGAGCCCUGUCGAGGUCCUGAGUCUCGGCGUCGGGCCGGCGCCCGAGAACGUCAAGCCGUUCGCGGCCUUCUUCCCCGUGCAGGCCGGCGUCCUUCGCAACCUCGAGCUCGUCGUGCCCGUCAAAACGAUCCAGUCCGACCUCCUGCACCUCCUUCGACUCGCAGGAAGCUCCAUCACGGACCUCGCGCUGUCGAGCCUGUGGCACGACGCCGUCUCGGAACGCUACUCGCGAUACGGCGUCGGGUUCGACGGUCCCGUCUUCCCUUCCGAGGCCAUCGCGCUCUUCCCGCACCUCGAGAACCUCCAGAUCACGUCCUUUGGUGGCCUGUCGAUGCACCGCCUCGGCCUCAUCCAGCAGCACUGUCAGUCCCUGCAGACUCUCAAUGUCGCAGGCUCAACCUGGCUCGCCGACAACCCCGCCCUCUCGGCUCUCGUCACGCCCCAGUACCAGGAGAUCGUCUUUUCCGAGCCUCAAGUCAUCAAGCUCCUCGAGGGCAUGCCCGAGCUCGUCGAGGUGCACCUCGGCAGCGUGCCCGUGCGCGCGACGAAUCGCCUCCCGUCGCUCACACUCGCGAUGAGGGCCAAGGGCACGUCCCUCGACUUCCUCGCGUGCAGCGGUCGCUGCCCGUCGUGCGGCGACUACCACUAUUGACGGGCCGGCACGAGGACGACAAGACGGCCCGCGAGGACGGAAUGCGCGCACGACCCGCUUGG